CGGACCCUUCGUGGUAAAGUUUGAAGCUUUUGGCUCGAUUGAUUGUUCGAUAACCAUGUCGAAUCCUAAGCUUACUCGAAUUCCGAGCAUGAGAGAGCGCGUCGAGGACACGCUCUCCGCUCACCGCAACGAGCUCGUCGCCCUUCUCUCCAGGUAUAUGGAUCAGGGGAAAGGGAUUUUGCAACCGCAUAACUUGAUCGAUGAGCUCGAGUUCGUGAUCGGAGAUGAUGAAGCGAAGAAGGGACUCUCCGACGGUCCCUUUGGCGAAAUCCUCAAGUCGGCCAUGGAAGCCAUCAUCGUGCCGCCAUUCGUGGCCAUAGCUGUUAGGCCGAGACCUGGAAUUUGGGAAUACGUUCGUGUUAACGUCUUCGAGCUUAGCGUGGAGCAAUUAACGGUUUCUGAAUAUCUUCGUUUCAAGGAAGAACUCGUUGAUGGAGAGGUUGAGGAUCCUUUUCUGCUCGAGCUCGAUUUCGAACCCUUCAAUGCGAACGUUCCUCGCCCAACGCGUUCUUCGUCUAUCGGUAACGGAGUUCAGUUUCUGAAUCGUCACUUGUCUUCCAUCAUGUUCCGUAACAAAGACUGUCUGGAGCCUCUUUUGGAUUUCCUUCGAGCCCACAAAUACAAGGGUCAUCCAUUGAUGUUGAAUGACCGGAUCCAAAGCAUUUCCCGGCUUCAGUCUUCCCUCAGCAAGGCAGAAGAUCACAUCUCUAAGCUUCCACCAGAAACACCCUUUUCAGAAUUCGAAUAUGCGCUGCAAGGAAUGGGUAUUGAAAGAGGAUGGGGCGACACUGCGGCUCGUGUGCUCGAGAUGACGUAUCUUUUGUCUGAUAUUCUUCAAGCUCCCGAUCCUUCGUCCCUCGAGAAAUUUUUGGGGAUGGUACCGAUGGUAUUCAAUGUCGUGAUUUUGUCGCCCCAUGGAUAUUUCGGGCAAGCGAAUGUUUUAGGAUUGCCUGACACUGGUGGGCAGGUCGUCUAUAUUCUUGACCAAGUCCGAGCCCUCGAGACUGAAAUGCUUUUGAGAAUCAAGAGACAAGGACUGGAUAUAUCUCCGAGGAUUCUUAUCGUUACGAGGUUGAUACCCGAUGCAAAAGGGACAACUUGCAACCAGCGGCUGGAGAGAGUCAGCGGAACAGAACACACCAACAUUCUCCGAGUUCCUUUUAGGUCCGAUAAAGGAAUUCUUCGCAAAUGGAUUUCAAGAUUCGAUGUCUGGCCUUAUCUUGAGAACUUUGCUCAGGAUUCAGCGAGCGAGAUUAUUGGCGAAUUGCAAGGAUUACCCGAUUUCAUUAUCGGAAAUUACAGUGACGGAAACCUUGUUGCAUCAUUGUUGGCCCAUAAAAUGGGUGUUACACAAUGCACCAUUGCUCAUGCUCUGGAGAAGACAAAGUACCCGGAUUCAGAUAUUUACUGGAAAAAUUUCGACGGGAAAUAUCACUUCUCGUGUCAAUUCACGGCCGAUCUGGUAGCCAUGAACCAUGCGGAUUUUAUCAUUACCAGCACGUACCAAGAGAUAGCCGGAACGAAAAAUACCGUCGGUCAAUACGAAAGCCACAAUGCAUUUACGCUUCCGGGACUGUACAGGGUCGUCCAUGGAAUCGACGUCUUUGAUCCGAAGUUCAACAUAGUCUCUCCAGGAGCAGACAUGUGCAUUUACUUCCCGUUCUCCGAGAAACACAGAAGACUUACGGCUUUGCACGGUUCCAUUGAAGAGAUGCUCUACAAUCCUGACCAGACUGAUGAGCACAUUGGUACUCUGAGUGACCGUUCAAAGCCACUGCUCUUCUCCAUGGCGAGGUUGGACAAGGUGAAGAACAUUACAGGUCUAGUGGAGAUGUAUGGAAAGAAUCCGAGGCUGAGGGAGCUGGUGAAUCUUGUCGUGAUAGCUGGUAACAUAGAUGUGAACAAGUCCAAGGACAGGGAAGAAAUUGCAGAGAUCGAGAAAAUGCAUGAACUCAUGGAAAGAUACAACCUUGAAGGUCAGUUCCGCUGGAUAAUUUCUCAGACAAACCGAGCUCGAAACGGUGAGAUCUACCGUUACAUAGCCGACACUGGAGGCGCUUUCGCUCAGCCGGCUUUCUACGAGGCUUUUGGGCUAACAGUCGUGGAGGCUAUGACUUGUGGGCUACCGACCUUCGCCACUCGCCACGGUGGCCCUGCAGAGAUCAUCGAGCACGGGAUCUCGGGUUUCCACAUCGAUCCAUACCAUCCUGAGCAGGCUGCUAACCUCAUGGCCGAUUUUUUCGAGCGUUGCAAGGAGAAUCCAACCCACUGGAAAAAAGUCUCGGACUCGGGUCUUCAGAGGAUUCAUGAGAGGUAUACAUGGAAGAUAUAUUCGGAGAGGCUGAUGACGUUAGCCGGAGUGUAUGGAUUCUGGAAAUACGUAUCGAAGCUGGACAGGCGAGAGACACGACGGUAUCUUGAGAUGUUCUACAUUCUCAAGUUCCGCGACUUGGUGAAAACGGUUCCUUUGUCGAGCGAGGAGUGAUGAUGAUGAAGUUGGUGGUGGUGGUAGAAUCACGGGGAGUGGUAAUAAAUGGGGUCAUGGCAUGGCAUGUCAUGUCGUGUGCGUGUGUAGAGGAACUUGUUGCCGGAUAAUGGCUUAUCCUAUGUGCUUUCAUGUGAAACGGUUCACGGAGAUACUGUCUGCCUCUGAUUAUGUCUGUGACUCGCAAUAAUCUUCUGAUAGAUAUGUUGUUUGUGUAUUCAA